AUGUAUGAAUAUUAUAGUACUGGUAAAAUAAGGAGCUUACCUCAACAAGUGGAUAGUAACGGAAUUAAUAGUAAACCAAUGAACUCAUCACCAUCCACUCCAAUACCAAAUAAUAAUAAUAAUAAUAAUAAUAAUAAUAAUAAUAAUAAUAAUAAUAAUAAUAAUAAUAAUAAUAAUAAUAAUAAUAAUCGAAAUAAAAGUCAACAAUCUUUCUAUCUUAAUAACAAUAAUAGAAAUUGUGGAUUCUCAUCACCUACCAAACCACAAUACAAUAAUAAUAAUAAUAAUAACAACAAUAAUAAUAGCAACUACAACCAUAGUUAUGGUGGUGGAGGAGGUGGUACAACAUCCCAAUUUCAACAACAUCAUCUUCAUCCAGUAAAUAGAAAACCACCAAAAUUUAAAAUCAGUUAUUCAGUUAAAAAUACAUUAAACAAUACAAUAAUUCCAGAUAGACAUUGUUUUGGUGUGAAUAGUUUAGCAUAUAAUCAUAGAAAAUCAAUAUUAUAUAGUGCUGGUAGGGAUAGUACAAUAAAAUCUUACCAAAUUGGUGGUGGUGAUAAUGACAAUGAUAUCAAUGAAAAGAAUGAAUAUGGUUUCAAAUUUAAAAAAUCAUUUAAUGAUCAUACAGAUUGGGUUAAUGAUUUAUUUUUUAAUGAUAGUAAUAUUUUGGUCUCAUGUUCAUCAGAUUCUACAAUUAAAAUUUGGAAUACAGAUAGUGAAAGAUGUGUAAAUAGUUUAAAAUUUCAUGAUGAUUAUGUAAAGGUAUUGGCAUAUGCACCAAAAGCAAAUUAUUUUGCAUCAUCAGGAUUAGAUUCACACAUAAAGAUAUGGGAUUUAUCAAUUUGUUCAAUUUCACAAUCAUUUUCAAUUGAUAAUAAUAAUAAUAAUAAUCAUAACAGUAGUAGUAAUUAUAAUCAAUUUGGUGAUACCUCAAUUUUAAAGCAUAUUACUAAUAAUUCUCAACCAACGAAUAAAAUUAAUAAUUGUAAUAUUAAUGUUGUUAAUGGUAAUAUUAACAUUAGUACUAAUAAUAAUAAUAAUAAUAGUAGUAGUAGUAAUAAUAAUAAUAACAACAAUAAUAAUAAUAAUAAUGGUCAAACCAAUACACAUGAGAAUACAGCAGAAACUAGUGAUUCUGAGGGUUCAAAAGAUGAUAAUCAAUUGUCGUCAGUCAAUAAAAAUGGUAUUAGAUCAAAUUUAAGCAAUAAUAAUUUUAGAAAUAUUGAUAAUAUUGAUGAAUAUACACCACCAUCAUCAGUACUUAAUCAUACACCAAAAAUAUUAAGCAGUAAUGGUAGAAAUGUAAAUAAUAGAGAAAAUAAUAAUAAUAAUAAUAAUAAUAAUAAUAAUAAUAAUAAUAAUAAUAAUAAUAAUAAUAAUAAUAAUAAUAAUAAUAAUAAUAAUAAUAAUAAUAAUAUAAACAAUAAUAAUCAUGAAAAUAAUGGUAAUGUAGAUGUUGAUGAUGAAGAUGAUGAUGACGACGACGACGAUGACGAUGAUGAUGAUUGUAACAAAAAUAAAAAGAAAUAUGAUGAUAACAACAAUAAUAAUAAUUAUAAUAAUAAUAAUAACAAAAAAAAUAAUAGUAAUGAUAACAAUAAUGAUAAUAAUAAUUUAAAUAAAAAAUUCUCACCAAUGUUUGGUAGUGGUUCAUAUUUAGUUGGUAAAUCAGGUGGUGAAGGUAUUUCAAUUUAUAGUUUAGCAAUAGCUCAGGAUGCAUCGUUUGUAGUUAGUGGAUCAACAGAGAGAGCAAUAAGAGGUUGGGAUGUGAGAAGUGGUCAAAAGAUAUUCAAAUUAAAAGGUCACACUGAUAAUAUUAGAUCGAUUUUAUUGAAUGACAAUUCAACUCGUUGUCUAUCUGCUAGUAGUGAUGGUACAGUUAGAUUAUGGGAUAUUGGUGAACAAAGAUGUAUUCAAGUAUUUGAUGAUUUACAUACAGAUUCAGUUUGGACAUUGGCAACAAAUGAUUCAUUCUCUCAUUUCUUUAGUGGAGGUCGUGAUGGUAUGAUUUUCUUAACCGAUUUAAAGACUCAUCAAUCAAGAUUGGUUUCUAGAGAAAAUGAACCAAUUCUAAAGAUAUUAAAUAAUCAAGAUGAUCAAUCAAUUUGGGUUUCAACAACAAGUUCAACAAUUAAAAAUUAUGGUCUUUCAAAUUUUUAUGAUAAAAAUCAAAGUAUUGAUAAUAAUACCACUAAUUGUGGUUCAAUUAGUAGUGAAAUUUUAUAUAAUAAUAAUAAUAAUAAUAAUAAUAAUAAUAAUAAUAAUAAUAAUAAUAAUAAUAAUAAUAAUAAUAAUAAUAAUAACAAUAGAGAAAAAUUAUCAACCAUUAAUGAAGAUAGUAAUGGACUUCAAGUUGAUGAACCAAAAAUAAAAAUUCAAGGUAGAGCAGGUAUAAUUAAGAAUCAAGUUUUAAAUAAUAGAAGACAAGUACUCACUAAAGAUAAUGAUAAUAACGUUCAAUUAUGGGAUAUUACCAAGGGUAAAGAGAUUGAAUCAUUUGGUAAGGUUGACUUUGAUAAGAAAUUAGAAGAGUUUAAUGAGGUAAUAUCAAUACCAAAAUGGUUUCAAGUCGAUUGUAAAACAGGUAGUUUAUUCAUUUCUUUAGAGUCACCAUUAUGUUUUUCAGCAGAUGCUUAUCAAACCAAUUUAGGUUUAACACCAACUGAAGAUUCAUUAAUUAACAUUGGUGAAAGUAUACUCUAUUCUCUUUUCUCAAAAUGGAUAAUGGGAUAUAAUCUAAUUCAAUUAAAUGCCACUACAAAUAAAGAUAAUGAAUUAAAUCAUUCAAAUGAUAGUGUUAAUAGCUCGCUAAGUUCAAAUACAAGUGGUGAUAAUAAUAAUAAUAAUUAUAAUAAUUAUAAUAAUUAUAAUAAUAAUAAUAAUAAUGGUUUACAAAAAUCUUCAUCAUCUUCAUCAAUUGUAUCAACAAAUAGUACCACUCCAAAUAGUGGUAGACCACUAAUUGAAAUAAUGGCAAAGAAAUCCAUUUUCCAUUUACCAAGUAACACUGAUGUUGUUAUCUCUGAUGAAACCUCUGGUUUGGUUUUAUAUAGAUCAAGAAUUGAAGAAUUCACUGGUAGAGAACAAAUUAAAAUCAUUGAUUGGUUAUACAAUUGUUUAGAGACAUCUGCUAUACCCAUCAAAAGAGAUAAUCAAAAAAUAUCUUUCUCUGUGGAAGUUAACGAAAAAAUCCCUCAAAAUUUAAAUGCUCCCUAUUAUAUUCAAGUUAGAAAAAUAUGUGAUCAUGUUUUAAAUAAUUUUUUUAUUAAUCCGAAUAAUAACAAUAAUAAUAAUAGUAGUGUCAACAAUGAUUUACCAAAAGGUGAAGAAUUUUUUGAAAUUUGUUUACAAAAUAAGAUUUUAUUACCCCAUUAUACAUUAGGAACUGUCAAAUCCUUCUUUUGGAAACAAAAUAGUACAAUUCCUUUAACUGCUCGUGUAAAGGCUCAAUAUAUAAAUGAAACAGAGUUAGUGAAAUAUUUAAAACAAUUAUCAUUAAAUCAUAAUAAAAAAUAA